GCCGCAGGAGCCCGCGCCGCCGCCGCCGCCUGCGCCCAUGGCCUUCCUCACCGCCUGGAAACGAGCGGCGUUCCGGAGAAGCCAGCGCAGGACGCCUGUGAGCAACCUCCACGAGGCCCUGGACCAGUGCAUGAUCGCCCUGGACCUCUUCCUCACCAACCAGUUCUCAGAAGCACUCUGCUACCUCAAGCCCAGAACCAAGGAGAGCAUGUACCACUCGCUGACGUAUGCCACUAUCCUGGAGAUGAAGGCCAUGAUGACCUUUGACCCUCAGGACAUCCUGCUGGCUGGCAACAUGAUGAAGGAGGCACAGUCGUUGUGUCAGAGGCACCGGAAGAAGUCCUCAGUCUCGGAUUCCUUCAGCAACCUGGUGCACCGACCCACCAUGGACCAGUUCACGGAAGAGGAAAUCCACGCCGAGGUCUGCUAUGCAGAGUGCCUGCUGCAGAGAGCGGCCCUGACCUUCCUGCAGGAUGAGAACAUGGUGAGCUUCAUCAAAGGCGGCAUCAAAGUUCGAAACAGCUACCAGACCUACAAGGAGCUGGACAGCCUGGUGCAGUCAGCGCAGUAUUGCCAGGGCGAGAGCCACCGGCACUUUGAGGGCGGUGUGAAGCUCGGCGUGGGAGCCUUCAACCUGACUCUGUCCAUGCUGCCCACGAGGAUCCUGCGCCUCCUCGAGUUCGUGGGCCUUUCCGGGAACAAGGACUACGGGCUGACACAGCUGGAGGAGGGCGCUGCAGGCCACAGCUUCCGCGCCGUGCUCUGCGUCAUGCUGCUGCUCUGCUACCACACCUUCCUCACCUUCGUGCUCGGCACCGGCAACGUCAACAUCGAGGAGGCCGAGAAGCUCCUGGCGCCCUACCUGAAGCGGUACCCUAAGGGUGCCAUCUUCCUCUUCUUCGCUGGCCGGAUCGAAGCCAUUAAAGGCAACGUUGAUGAGGCCAUCCGGCGGUUCGAGGAGUGCUGUGAGGCGCAGCAGCACUGGAAGCAGUUCCACCACAUGUGCUACUGGGAGCUGAUGUGGUGCUUCACCUACAAGGCCCAGUGGAAGAUGGCCUACUUCUACGCCGACCUGCUCAGCAAGGAGAACUCCUGGUCCAAGGCCACCUACAUCUACAUGAAGGCUGCCUACCUCAGCAUGUUCGGGAAGGACGACUGCAAGCCGUUCGGUGACGAUGAAGUGGAGCUGUUCAGAGCUGUGCCAGGCCUGAAGCUGAAGAUUGCUGGGAAAUCUCUGCCCACAGAGAAGUUUGCCAUCCGGAAGUCCAGACGCUACCUCUCCCCCAAUCCUGUCUCCUUGCCUAUCCCAGCUCUGGAAAUGAUGUACAUUUGGAAUGGCUACGCAGUGAUUGGGAAAGAGCCGGAACUCACAGACGGGAUACUUGAAAUUAUCAUCAAGGCUGAAGAGACUCUGCAGAAGGGCCCAGAGAACGAGUACUCAAUGGACGAUGAGUGCCUGGUGAAGUUGCUAAAAGGCUUGUGUCUGAAGUACCUGGGCCACACCCAGGAAGCUGAGGAGAACUUCAGAAGCAUCUCUGCCAAUGAAAAGAAGAUUAAAUAUGACCACUACCUGAUCCCAAACGCCAUGCUGGAGCUGGCCCUGCUGUUUAUGGAGCAAGGGAAAAAUGAAGAUGCUGUCAAACUCUUAGAAACUGCCAAACAAAACUACAAGAAUUACUCCAUGGAAUCAAGGACACAUUUUCGAAUCCAGGCAGCCACCCUCCAAGCCAAGACUUCCUUAGAGAACGGCAACAGAUCCCUGGUCUCGUCAGUGUCCUUGUAGUUUUGUGCAGCACUCCCAGCCUGAAGACAGACACAGCUGACAAAGCUCCUGGAAACAUUUCAAAACAAUUCCUCCCCCAUGCCCUGCCCUGCCCUGCCCUGCCCUGCCUUUGGGAUCACUGGUGUGCCCAGUGAAGGGCACCACAGAGGUAUCCGUGCAGAAGUGAAGCCAGCAAUUUCACCAGUGUGGCCAAGGGCCUUUGCCAAGAACAGAGCAGGUGGAGCACAUGGACUGCCCUACACACAUACGGGUACUUGUUUUUUCACUGUGAUGUUUAAGAGAAUGUAUAAAGUUUACAUUUUCCUUAGAAAUAUAUUGAUGAGAUCAUAGUUGGCUUAAAAAAAAAAAACACCAACCAAUCACCUGUAAAUCUUUGUUUUAACUGAUUGCUCUCGAAAACAUUCUCAUAACACCAAAGACCGAGUUGCUUUUCAAUCUUCAGCAAGGGCUAGAAAGACUUCUCUGAGAACCCGAGGAAUCCAGGAGGACCGGAAGGAUCUGCACUUUCUGGGGUUUGGGUACAGGGAUUACACAUACACUUCACUCCUUUCUAAGUUAAUUUUCAUUUCCUAGCUCUUCAAUUUAACAAAAAAGAUCAAAGAUGUCCUUUGAUUUGAGUCCACCAGUACAGAAUAGGGAAUCUGAGGCCUGCUGAACGAGAAACUGGGCAGCCCUUUCUGUACCAAAGUCAAGAAGUUUCAGGGAAGGUCCUGAAACCAGCUUGCAAGACAAAACACAGGGAAACAUUUAUUAAAUAAACCUUCCAUACUUCACUCUGAAGUAUACUGAUCUACUGAGAGCAUUUUUUCUCAACAGUUAUUUUCAGGCUGAUAUACACAUUUUAGACUUUACAGUUAAAAGAGAUAUUAAAUAAAACACACUUAAGAAAUCAUGCAACAUCUAUUUCAAUUAAAUAUGUGUUGCUUCAAUACUUGGGGAGGUCACAAAUUUGGUUCUGAAGUCGUAUGGACCUGUAUGUUCUAUGUAGACAAUAUGUUUAAAAUUUUUCAGAAUGUUUCUAAUAUUUAAAAUGGUGAGUUUUCACAAAUAAAUCUGGUUUCUGGCUUCUUCUUUUAAAAUCUGCCUUGCAGUCAGCAGCAGCUGAGUAGAGGUUACUUUUCUUCAAGCUCUUGUAUUACCUUCCUGGCUUAAAACACUUGAAUUUUCAAGCUCUGGGGCUGUCAAAAGUGAGAACUCUUAAAUUCAAAACAAAAACUAAACAUAGCUAGUUUUAUACUGGAAGAUAAGUAUACUGCAACUUAACUAUUCCCAGGAGGUAAAAUCAUGUACACAGCACAAAGAGUUACAUUACGUCCACUU